AUCCAAAUGAUCAUUGAAGAGAAUGAAUUUGAUAAGCAAAUCGAAGAUUUACUUAAUAAAGAAAAGACAGCAAGAUUAGCCAACAAUUUAGUUGAAACAUUAAAAGUUACAAAAUAAAUAGCAAAACUUUGUUUUGAUACUAAAUAAUACUCAAAAUUCAAUGAAUUGAUAAUAUCUCUUAGUAAAAAGAGAGGAUAGCCAAAAAAAGCACAAAUUGAACUUGUUUAAAUGGCUAUGGUAGAAUUAAAGACUUUGUCAAUAAAUUAAAAAUUAGAAAUGAUAGAUGCUAUAAUGAAAGUUUGCGAAAAAAAGAUUUACUUAGAAGUAGAAUAUGCUAGAUGUGUACUGAUGCUCACAUAAUAUAAAGAGGAUGAUAAUUAAAUAGCUGAUGCUGCAAAGAUAUUAUAAGAAGUAUAGGUAGAAACCUAUGGUUCUAUGGAUAAGAGAGAGAAAUUAGAAUUUAUCUUAUAUCAAAUGAAAAUUAUGAUUAAGAAAUAAGAUUAUGUUAGAUUGUAUAUAAUCUCAAAAAAGAUUGAACCUAAAAAUAUAGAAGAUGAUAAUAUUGCAGAUCUUAAGAUUAUCUAUUAUUCAUUCUUGGUUAUGUACUACAGACAUGAGAAUAAUUAUAAAGAAACAGCACAUGCUUAUUCAAAGAUUCUUGAAUCAUUACAUAAAAAUAAAUAAUUAGAAUCAACCAAGGUAGAUUUCAAUUUUAGAAUUGAUUAUAAUACAAUUUUAGAAAACUAUGCUAUGUAUACAAUAUUGAGUACUUAUUCUGAAGAAAAAGUAUAACUAUAAUUAUAAUGUAGUAAAAAUAAUUACAAUCCCUUGUUUCCACAUAUAAAUACGGUCUAGAAGCUUUGCCUAAUUUGUAGUAAUUAAUUUAAGCCUUUUUGGGAUCAGAACUAAUAAGUACUUCACCAUAAAGUCACAACAUUCAAGUAGCUGAAAUAUUUGAUGAAAAUAUAGAGAACAAUUAACAAAGAUAUGUUGGUAUUGGAUUGAUGAAAUUAUGAUAGAUUUUAGAAGACAAUUGAUUCAUCACAACCUGAGAAUAUUUUAGAUAUACUAUGAUUCUGUUUAUUUGAAUAGAAUAACAGAAUUAAUCGGUAUUAGUACUUAAGAAUUAGAAGAAGAGAUUUGUUUAAUGAUGGAUUAAAAGGUAUGGAAUUAGGAAUAUAGAUUAGUUGCUGAGAUGCAAAAUAGAUAGAAUAUAAGGUAUAGUAGACUACUAGUUAAAAAAGAAUGAGAAUGAUGUAUUGCAAGAAUGGGGGGAGAAUGUUAAUAAAGUUUUGAAUUUGAUUGAUCUUACAAGCAAUUUAAUAAAAAGAGAAGAAGAGUUAUUUUUGUGAGCCAAUAAUUAUAUAAUAAUUGAAUUUCAUUUAUGUAUUCUGAAG